AUGGUGUCAGAUGAUAAUACCAUGGGUGAACUGGAGAAACUGAAUCAGUCGACAGAUAACAUCAACAGAUGGGAGACCGAACUGGAGGACUCCCGGCAGAAGUUUCGAGCCGUCCUAGUGGAGGCCACUGUCAAGCUGGACGAGCAGGUAAAGAAGAUCGGUAAAGCUGUAGAAGACUCAAAACCGUACUGGGAGGCCAGGAGGGCGGCGCGUCAGGCUCAGGUUGAAGCUCAGAGAGCCACGCAGGAGUAUCAGCGAGCCAUCGAGAUCCUCCGGGCCGCGAAAGAGACCAUCGCACUGGCCGAGGAGCGUCUGCUGGAGGAGGACAGCCGGCAGUUUGACUCGGCCUGGCAGGAGAUGCUCAACCAUGCUACCCAGAGGGUGAUGGAGGCGGAGCAAAGCAGGACACGCACCGAAAUCGAGCACAGAGAAACAGCAGCCAAAUACAACACCGCCAUCAGCCACAUGAGACAACUGGAGAAAAAACUCAAACGCACCAUCAACAAGUCCAGGCCGUACUUUGAAUUAAAGGCGAAGUAUUACCUACAGCUCGAGCAACUGAAGCGACGGGUCGACGAGCGUCAGGAUAAACUCACCCAGGCCAAAGCUGAGUAUCGAACCGCCCUUCGUAACCUGGAGACCAUCUCAGAUGAGAUCCACGCACGGCGCCGCCUGUCUGCCAUGGGGCCCCGGGGCCGAGGGGUGGGGGCUGAAGAUGAUGGGACCGCCACCGAUGACAUCUCCAACUUCAAAAUGGAGUCUGACGGCAUAUCGAUGAUGUCUGUGAAUUUCGAGGACAGCUGUAACGGCUCGCCAUCAGAUAUAUAUUUAUACUCAACGUUUAUCUUGUUAUCAUGA